AUGGGUGAUUCGAAUUUCACCAUUGAAGUCCACCAUGGUGACAAAUUUGUUGACAGUGGACACGGAUUAGAGUAUUUAGGAGGAAUGGUUGUGGAGGAUUUACACGUUAAUGAAUGGUCAUUGCAAGAUAUUGUGAGUCAGCUAAAGCAACUAGGGUAUAAGGGAUACGCCAUGGUGUGGUACAAGGAACCUGGGAUGGAUUUGAAGUCAGGUCUUAAAGAGAUGAAGUCCGAUGGAGAAGCGAUGAGAAUGGCUAGGUCACUGGUGUCAAGUUCCUGCAAACAUUGCGAGGUAGACGUUGUCGAUGGAGUCAGAGAAGAAGAAGGUGAAAACAGUGGCUCUAGCUCUGGGUUGAUAGAGGUUGAAGUGGAUGCUGAGUCAGAGCCUUCAACUGAUGAAGAGGUAUUUGGUGACAGUGCUGAUGAUGGUGACCAUAAGAAUCACUUUGGGUUUGAGGUGGAGGAUAAUGAUCCACAAUCAAAUGCGUUUGGGGAAUUUACUGGUCCACUGAAUGAUGAGGGAGCUGCAGCAGCUGGAACAACUCAAGGUGAUGAUGAAGGUUUAAUGAAGGGUGAUGAGCAAGUUGGGGGCAUAUCUGAUAGAUAUGAUACUGAUAAUAUAAACAGUUAUGAGGGGGACUCUGAUGAUAUGAUAAAAAAGAGGAGGUUUUCCAAAUACAAUGAGGCAUAG